AUGUUGGACCCUCGCGAGACGUUUUCAGGGAUCAUGGGUGCCUUUUGCUGCGUGUAUGCAGGACUUCCGUUUGAGGUAGUAAAAGUACGACUGCAAACACAGGGGACUACCAAUGCAUAUACUGGUGUAGUUGAUGCGUUUCGUCGCAUUGUUACUGAAGAAGGAUUGGUGGCGCUUUGGAAGGGUGCAGUGCCGGCACUGUCAAGCUCGAUAAUUGAAAAUUCAGUGCUUUUUAGUGCCAAUGGGUUUGCUAAGCGUACGAUUCUCGCAAUGUACGCAAAGCAGCGCGAAGAUGCGUACAAGCUCACGGUACUAGACGAAGCUUGCAUGGGUGCCUUUGCUGGCUGCUUCUCCGCCACGGCUAUCACAGUGCCAGAAAAUAUCAAAUGCAAGCUCCAAUUUCAACGUGGCCACUUAGGCGAAGGACGUUAUCACGGCCCUUUAGACUGCUUUAUUAAGGUGGGCAAGGCAGACGGUCUCAAAGGUUUAUUCCGAGGAUAUAGUGCGCUGCUUCUGCGCGACGUACCGUUCAGCUUUCUCUUUUUCGGAUCAUAUCAAGCAUACACAUCAGAAAUGGUCAAGGUGCUAGGUAAGGAAUCGAAGGAUCAUUUAAAUCCUGUCGCUAUUCUUGCUAGCGGUGGUCUUGCUGGUGCGACAAGCUGGAGCAUUAUGUUUCCAGUCGACGUGUUAAAGUCACGGAUGCAGACAGCCAGCUCGACAAAUUUACUUUCACUGCGAGGAGCAUUUCAUGCUGUCAACUCAGAGUUCGGAAUUUACGGAUUCUACCGCGGUUGGUCAGCCGCAGUAUUGCGUGCGUUUCCAGCCAACGGCUCGCUCUUUCUUGGCGUGGAGAUGACACACCGCGUUUUCCAUUGGCUUGACGCACGGCAUGCAAUCUAA